GUGAGGAGAGAUAGGUAAAGUGAGCAGCGUCGGUCGCGCUUCAAUCAAACAUCCGGGUGCUUAAAAGCGCAGAAGCACCGCUGCAGCUGCGUUUCCGCGUUGCCUGAGCGGAGAGAGUGGAGGGGAGGGGAACGGCGAGAGCGAGCGAGCAGCGGAGACGCAGUGGGACACAGAGUCGGAGAAGAAUUACAUAGACGCACCACAGCCACACAACAAAUACAUAGAGAAUCGAACAUUGAGCGUCAAGGAGCCCGACCCGAGUGGUGCGCGGCCGAAACCCUUUUCACUAUGUAAAACCACCAGCUAAAAUGUGAGAUUUACGGAGGGCAUCAGAAGAGAGCGAGAGAGUGGCUUUACCCCGUUAUCUUUAGCGGGUCAUCUCAAUUUUGCUUUCCGUUGUCAUCGCAGUGUUUCUGGGGGUAAAAUGAAGAAGUUUAACAUCAGGAAGGUGCUGGACGGCCUAAAGGAGCAGGCGUCUUCCUCUGUUUCGUCUGGCCAGUCGGGCGCCCCGGAGAACAAUUUGAUGCACGAGACCCUUCAGUCCGAGAAUUUUCAGCUCUGCAAGACUGUCCGUCAUGGCUUCCCCUAUCAGCCGUCGUCCAUGGCCCAUGACCCAGUCCAGAAGAUCCUGGCCAUUGGGACCCAGAGUGGGGCCCUCAGACUGUUUGGUCGUCCAGGUGUGGAGUGCUACUGUCAACAUGAGAGUGGAGCAGCCGUCAUCUCGCUACAGUUUCUCAUCAAUGAGGGGGCGCUGGUGAGUGCUCUGGCAGACGACAGCGUGCACCUCUGGAACCUGAGGCAGAGGAGGCCCGCCAUCCUCCACUCGCUCAAGUUCAACAGAGAGAGGAUCACAUUCGUCCACCUGCCAUUCCAGAGUAAAUGGCUGUACAUCGGCACAGAGAAAGGAAACAUCCACAUCGUCAACGUGGAGUCGUUCACACUCUCAGGCUACGUCAUCAUGUGGAACAAAGCCAUCGAACUAUCCUCCAAGGCCCACCCAGGUCCUGUGGUCCACAUAAGUGACAACCCCAUGGAUGAGGGAAAGCUCAUCAUUGGAUAUGAGGCUGGAAUUGUGGUCUUGUGGGAUCUGAAAUCUAAGAAAGCAGACUACCGCUACACUUACGACGAGGCGAUCCACUCGGUUGCCUGGCACCAUGAGGGCAAGCAGUUCAUCUGUAGUCACUCAGACGGAACGCUCACCAUAUGGAACAUCAAGGGCCAGGGCAAGCCAUUUCAGACAAUCACCCCACAUGGAAAGCAGCCCAAGGAUGGAAAGAAGCCAGAGCCCUGCAAACCCAUCCUCAAAGUGGAGUACAAGACCACUAGACUGGGAGACCCCUUCAUGAUCCUGUCUGGAGGUCUGUCGUAUGACACGGUGGGUCGGCGGCCAUGUCUGACGGUGAUGCAUGGGAAGAGUACAGCCGUGCUGGAGAUGGACUAUCCUAUCGUAGACUUCCUCACGCUCUGUGAGACGCCAUACUCUAACGAUUUUCAGGAACCUUAUGCUGUAGUGGUCCUUCUAGAAAAGGAUUUAGUUGUAAUCGACCUUGCACAAAAUGGUUACCCCAUAUUCGAGAACCCCUAUCCACUGACCAUUCAUGAGUCUCCGGUUACCUGCUGUGAGUACUAUGCUGACUGCCCUGUGGACCUCAUUCCCGCACUUUACUCUGUUGGCUCCAGACAGAAACGACAGGGCUACAGCAAAAAGGAGUGGCCAAUCAGUGGUGGUAACUGGGGCCUCGGCACACAGAGCUACCCUGAGAUCAUCAUCACUGGGCAUGCUGAUGGGACUGUGAAGUUUUGGGAUGCUUCUGCAAUAAUGCUGCAGGUACUGUACAAGCUGAAGACGGCCAAGGUGUUUGAGAAGAGCAGGAAUAAUAAGGAGGACAAGCAGAACACAGAGAUUGUGGAUGAGGACCCGUUUGCCAUCCAGAUCAUGGCCUGGUGUCCUGAGAGCAGGAUGCUGUGUGUGGCCGGGGUGUCUGCCAACCUCAUCAUAUACCGCUUCAGCAAGCAGGAGAUCACCACCGAGGUCGUACAGCUGUUGGAGGUACGUCUGCAGUACGAGGUGAAUGACAUGGAGUCCCCUCCAGAGGGGGGAGGGGGGGGGGACCGUGACCUGCCCACCCCAGGAGCAGCCUCACCUAGCCCCCAGACCACCGGACCCCCGACUCACCCCUCCACCAGCAGCAACUCCUCUGACGGGGUCCGAGACAACGUACCCUGCCUCAAGGUGCGUAGUACCCCUCUGAAGCAGUCUUCAGGGUAUCAGGUAGAGUUGGUGGUGCAGCUGGUGUGGGUAAGUGGAGAGCCCCCCCAACAGAUCACCAGCUUGGCCCUCAGCUCCUCCUACGGCCUGAUUGUGUUUGGCAACAGUAAUGGUCUGGCAGUGGUGGACUACCUCCAGAAGACAGUGCUGUUGAACCUGGGGACAGUGGAGCUGUAUGGGUCUAACGAUCCCUACCAGAGACAGGCUCGCUCUCCACGCAAGGCACGCCAGCCCGCCGGAGGUAAUGGUCUGUGUGACAUCAACGAGGGUUCUGCCUCGGAGGACCGCUGCAAAUCCCCCACUUCAGUGUUGGCGUCAAACCAUCAGCAAUUCUACAAUGGAGGUGGGGGUAGAGGAGCAAAGAUGUCACGGAAAUUAAGCUUGCCUACUGAGCUAAAGCCAGACUUGGUCCUCCUGUCUGUAUGUCCUCCGCGGGGCGCCAACCCAUUAGACCACCGGGACAACUCCUUCAGCCGUUCACGCUCCUCCUCCGUCACGUCCAUCGACAAGGAGGCGCGCGAGGCCAUCACCUCCUUCCACUUCUGUGAGACAUUCGCCCGGAAGGGGGACAGCGCCAUCACACCAUGCCUAUACGUGGGAACCUCCCUGGGAACAGUGCUGGCUGUGGCCCUCAACCUCCCCCCUGCUGGGGAACAAAGGCUGCUGCAGCCCGUUAUCGUCUUACCUAGCGGUACCUUGGCACGACUGAAGGGCAGUAUCCUGAGGAUGGCCUUCCUGGACAACACAGGAACCUUCCUCCCCCCUGCCUUCGAGACCUGGUAUGAGCCAAACGCUGCGGGCGCCGACAGUGAGGAGCGAGACAAGGCGCGUAAACGCCGCCCGGUCUCUGUGUCACCCUCCACCUCCCAGGAGCUGCAGGAGAGCCAGUAUGCAGUGGUGUGCUCUGAGAAACAGGCUAAGGUCAUAGCACUGCCCUCACAGAACUGCAUCUUCAAACACAGCAUCACAGAGACAUCGUUCGUCCUGAGGGCUGACGUGGUCCAGAUGAACAUAGGGAACUGUGUGGCCUGCUUCUGUGCUAACGGACACAUCAUGACCCUCAGUCUGCCGGGGCUGAGACCAUUGCUGGAUGUAAACUACCUGCCACUGACAGACAUGCGGAUAGCCCGGACUUUCUGCUUUACCAACCUGGGCCAGGCCAUGUACCUCACCUCCCCUACUGAGAUACAGAGGAUCACAUACAGCCAGGAGACCUGUGAGAACCUGCAGGAGAUGCUGGGAGAACUGUUCACACCAGUGGAAACCCCAGAGGCUCCCAACCGAGGAUUCUUCAAGGGCCUUUUUGGGGGAGGAGCAACUUCCCUGGACAGAGAGGAACUAUUUGGUGAGACGCAGGCGGGUAAGGCGUCCCGUGGCCUUGCCCAGCACAUCCCAGGUCCUCAGGGCCUGGAGGGCAUGAAGGGGGCAGCCUCGGGCGUGGUGGCCGACCUGGCGCGUGCCCGGAUAGCACUGGAUGAGAGAGGGCAGAAACUGGGCGAGCUGGACGAAAGGACGGCUGCCAUGUUGGCCAGCGCCGACUCCUUUGGCAAACACGCCCACGACAUGAUGCUGAAGUGCAAAGACAAGAAGUGGUACCAGUUCUGAUCUGAGAGGGGGGAGCAGAGCCAAAGGGACAUAACUUCAUCUGGACUCUACAUGCCCCCCUCCUCCAUCUCUCUAUCCAUCCCUCCUUCCAUCUCUCCUUCCUCUGCUGGACACAUGGGACACGCUUUCCUAGCACAAUGUGGUAUACUGUAUUUACUUCAGUCAUAAGGUUACAAACUGAGGAACGGACUGGAGAGAAAAGAGGUGUUCUCUUUUUUGUUAUUGUUUGUUUUCCCCAUCUGUGACCUGCCGAUUGACUGGAGCUCUGGGGUUCCCUCAUCCUCAUUGGGCAAAAUGUUCUGUGCCAUUGUCUCUGCUCCAACCAAUCCGGGGCAUACACACUAACAGGCACAUUCAAACACAACU